CCCGGGCUCAAGGACUCCAGAGCUCCUCGGCUGCUUCCCCUGCCCACUGCCAGCAGCAGCAGCAGCAGCAGCAGCAGCAGCAACGCCAAAAGUUGUGAUGCUUUUCUUCACCCAGUGCUUUGGGGCUGUGUUAGAUCUUAUUCACCUGCGGUUUCAGCACUACAAGGCAAAGAGGGUUUUCUCAGCUGCCGGGCAACUUGUCUGUGUCGUCAACCCAACACACAUCCUCAAGUAUGCACCGACCCACUGCGCAGCUGAGCAAGCAUCCACAGAGCAAGGCAUCCUUCCACCCUGCCAUCACCACGAAGCAGUGCACGACCCCCAGCUGGUCCCCUGCACGUGCCCGCUCUUCUCCUGCCCGUGGGAAGGACACCUGGAGGUGGUGGUGUCCCACCUGAGGCAAACCCACCGCAUCAACAUCCUUCAGGGCGCGGAGAUUGUCUUCCUGGCCACGGACAUGCACCUGCCCGCACCCACGGACUGGAUCAUCAUGCACUCUUGCCUUGGCCACCACUUUUUGCUGGUUCUCAGGAAGCAGGAGAAGUAUGAGGGCCACCCCCAGUUCUUUGCCACGAUGAUGCUGAUUGGCACGCCCACCCAAGCCAACAACUUCACCUAUCGGCUGGAGCUCAACAGGAACCAGAGGCGCCUCAAGUGGGAGGCGACCCCCAGGUCGAUACUGGAGUGUGUUGACUCUGUCAUUUCGGACGGGGAUUGCCUUGUGCUGAACACUUCCCUGGCUCAACUCUUUUCCGACAAUGGAAGCCUAGCGAUAGGAAUUGCGAUAACCACCAGCAAAGUUCACAGCUCCGAAGCUGAAAUGUGAGGGCGAGGAGGAAGAGGAGAAACAACAGCAACAACAAUGGUGCUCUAUCUGCCUUCUGAGAGCCAGGACUCACAGACUUUUUUUGGGUGGGGGUGGGUCUCAGGUCUUUUAUGGUAUUUAGUACUCGUCCACAGUGGGCAUUAUGUAAACAUCCCGUGGUUACGGUCCCUGUGUCAUGUAUUUACCAUUUUGCUAAUACAAUUUUAUGAGAAAUUUUAAAGAGGCUAAUCAAAUUUAUUGUCACCCUCCAGCAGUGCUGGAAACAACACUCAUUAAUGAAAAGUACACCCAGGGUGACUGGCAGAAACCUUUGGUCUGACCAUGCUGUACAAAUGUGUUUCCUUCAUUGCCUGCCUAAUGGACCAGAGGCCCCUGUGCCUGACGAAAAGUUGAGUAUUCCACUACGGGACAAGAGCACCCAGGUUUUCAUAUUAGCAAUAUUGAUUUAACUCCCAUAUUUUGGCCACAGCCAAGCUCUGCAGGGCCUGGCAGUUUCAGAGCUCCCGUCAGCUUCUGAGGAAACAAUUUUCUCACCCAAAGAGUGAAAGCUUAGAAGAAAAAGUCACCCCGUCUUCUGAGCAGAGGGCUGGGCAACCUCAUCCUGCAUUAAAUCAGGAAUGACAGCUAGUGGGUGGUCACAGCGAGCAGAGCUAAAUCUCACCCCUGUAUCAUAAGUAGCAGGGUGAGUUUGCUAGGUGGUCUGGCCAUAGGAUGGACAUUACCAUACCCAGCCAUUGGAGCAUUCAUCUUUUGAGCUGCUGUUUUCUUAAGCAUUCAAAAAGAGAUUUUCAGGAAAAAAAGCAAUAAAAAGAGUCCUAAGCUGGGUAGUGAUCUUGUUAUUGAAUUCUGUGCCAGUUAGACCCUCAGUUCGUGCUGCUAAAUAUUGAUUUACAGCAACAUAGAUAGAACAUCCGUUUGCAAAUUGGCUUUGAAAUUUGACAUGUACUCCUUUGAAAAAGACCUCAAUGUUUUUUCCCUUGCAUACAUUUUGUGGGGCGGUGGUGAGUGGUGACUGUCACUUUCUUCUCCUGAGGGUGUUUCACAAACAGUGAUGGUCACAAAAAGACACAGGCUUCUCUAAGAGCUUCUCCCUUGAAUGGUUCCUUGGGGGAAAGUUGGAGGCAGGUGCUGGCCAUCUCCUGUCAGUCAUUCCCAUCUGCAGUCAGGCCUGUUUCCUCCACAGCCAACAGCAGCAGUGAAAUCCCACUGCAGUAGGUGAUGUGUUGAGAAGGAGGGGGCUCAACAGAUAGUGUGACACGUGAGAAGCAUGGGAAACUCUCUUUUCCUGUUUUCCCUUCUGCCUGUGUGUGGCUGUGGUCUGGCUGCUCCCAAAUGCUUUUUCAAGAAACAUCUGGUGGGCUGGGCAGGUUAGUAGCUGCAGAGACUGGGGCUCACAGCGGAGCCCCUUGGAAAGCCAAGGAAGAGCUGGAAACAAGAACCGUCCUUCUGUGUUUCAAAAGGCAUCUCACUCUAGCUUUGGGCAGGCAAAAACUCUGAUGCUGAUCUUCCCCAUGCAUCACUCUCCUGAGGGUUAUUAUAAAUGCUGCAUGAAGUCAAAUGAAUUGCAGUAUUCCUGAGGUGAAUGCCAUGCAGGCAAAAUGUCUUCUGAGGCAUAGAUGCACCUCACCUCCUUACCUGGGCUUUCAUAGCGGGUCAGAGAAGGGUGAGAGUCUCUUCAACAGGCUGCACAUGACCACACAAGCUGAGGUCUGAGGAAGUCUCAGUGCCUGUAAGGAAGGCACUGGAGCAUAACUUCCCAGCCCUCCUACCUCUGAAUUUAGGGGGCCAAGGGUGGCAUGCUGAUUUGCAGUGCCUCACUGGAACAGGCGGGUUUCAGUGUGGCUGGCUUUUUCCCUGUGAUGUUAAAUAUUCAUGACCAGCAAAUGCUGCCCUUUCCCUAAAUGAAAGCAAUAAAUAAAUCAUUGGUGCUUUUGUGGACUGAAACUGGCUUCUCCAGCUCCUCCAACAAUUACUCUGCUGCUGAAUUGAUGCAAAGCGAAAGCAAUAAAACAUCAGUAAAACCAGUGCCUCUAGUU